GAGCGUUGGGAGUAAUAUAAGUGGGGCCAAGUGGCCGCUCGCUCUUCCCCCCAGCAAUUUCCUGCUGUACUCGAAUGGUACCAACUCCCUUGCAUUCCUCCCGUUCAUCCCGCCUCAUCGCUCCUCUAUUCUCCGUUCUGUUCCAACAUGUGCCCAGCCUCGCUCGUAAACUUCGUGGUGCCAAUGGGGAGGCCACGCUUCUCCACACUUAUGCAAAGCGUGCCAGCAGUCAGCCUCACAGCACCGAGUACAUCAUCUUCGCUUGCCUCAUACCUGUCCUCGUCCUCUUGUCUGGUGUAUUUGCCGGUCUGACAUUAGGCUAUAUGAGCUUGGACGAAACCCAGCUCAACGUGCUAAGUAUGAGUGGCACCCCACAGCAGAAACGCUAUGCCAACAAGAUCAAGCCCAUCCGCAAGGAUGGCCACCUGCUCUUGGUAACCCUCUUGUUGGCAAACAUGAUCGUCAACGAGACGCUUCCCGUUAUAUCCGAUCCUGUCCUCGGCGGAGGUGUGCAAAGUGUUGUCGUCAGCACGGUCCUCAUAGUCAUAUUCUCCGAGAUCAUUCCGCAGUCUUUAUGCACUCGCCAUGGCCUCUACUUGGGUGCCAAAAUGGCCGGCUUCACGCAGGCUCUUAUAUACCUCUUGGGUAUAGUGGCUUGGCCAGUUGCGAAAUUAUUGGAGUAUAUCCUCGGCCCUCACCACGGAAUCAUAUACCGUAGAGCAGAACUCAAAGAGCUGAUCGCGAUGCACUCCUCCAUUUCUUCACUCGGAGGCGACCUAAAGACUGAUACUGUUGCAAUUAUCGGUGCGACGCUCGACUUGCAGGAAAAGGUCGUUAAACAGGCGAUGACUCCGAUCGAAGAUGUCUUCAUGCUUUCUAUAGAUUCCAGCCUGGACUACGAUUUACUGAAGAAGAUAUGCAAAACUGGUCAUAGCCGUGUACCAGUUUAUGAGGAAGUGGAUGUUCCAUUGGAUUCCUCUGGACGUACCGAGAAGGUCAAGAAGAUCAUCGGCAUCCUUCUGGUCAAGCAUUGCGUGUUGUUGGAUCCCGGAGAUGCCGUUCCUUUGCGCAAAUUGCCUUUGAACAAGGUCCCUUUCGUGCCCAACAAUGAGUCGUUACUUGGUAUUCUUGAUAGGUUCCAGGAAGGUCGUUCUCACAUGGCUAUCGUUUCUCGUUUGAGUGUGGAAAAGGCUGCAUCCGUCAAGAAGGUUGCUAAGCGUUCCCUCACGCAACGUCUUCGCGAGCGUGUGGGUAUGGGGGAUUCUAGUGACUCUAGCGAUGAAGAGAACGACUCGAAGGAGAAGACAGAACGCAAGAGAUCAAAGACUAUCUCGUGGGCGGAUGAUUCUGCCGUUGAUAAGGAUGAGGACGACGCAGAAGAGAAACAGAAACCGAAGCGUGGCCGUAGAAGGCACAGCAAAUCUAAGGGAAACGAUCAGCAUGACAUAGAGAUGGGCCUAUCGGCUGAGCGAGAGGAGAACGGAAAGCAGAAACUUAGAUUGCCUCGGGCUUCGCUCGCACUGGAACAGACGAUGCCUGCUGACGCUGUUUUGACAAAAAAAGAUGCCGAGGACUUCUUGCAGGUUAUCGAUCCAGCUAUCAACCCGCUUGGCAUUAUCACGUUGGAAGACGUUCUCGAAGAGCUUAUUGGUGAAGAAAUCUACGAUGAAUUCGAUCCCAAGGGUGCAGGUGAUAUGGUUUCGUCGUAUGUCCCAGUAGAAUUGUCUCUCGCGAAGACGGACCUCCGUUCCGAGUCAACUCCCGAUCUCUCUGCGGCGGUAGCUGAUACUUCGUCUCCUCGAACUUCGAAGUCGACUGCCGGCACACCGGUGUUACGCCCACUCACCAUGAAAGGACUCGGUUUCUUUCGUUCCAGGAGCGCUCCGCCGAGUCCGCGCGGCAACAACAGAAAUCCAUCAGCUGCUUUCCGUUCCAGGAAGGAUACCCUGACGACCGUCAAAGACCACCACGAAUCUGAAACUCCAGAUUCGAUUUCGUUUGCAGACCGUGUGGACACCACUUCCGUAACGACCAAAGUCGACAAGAACAAUGCCCUUGCGUGCACAACCGCGAGUGUCCCAUCCCCAGACGUCCCUCGCGAUGCGCCGCUUUCGAGGAAGAACCCACAUGGUAAUACGGGCUCUCCAAUCCAUAACGCCGUUAGUUCCGCCACGCCGAAGAUAACAUCACCCUCACCGUCGUUCGAGGCCUUCCUGUUGGAAAGGAAGCGUCGUAUCGUCGCUUCUGGCAAGGAUUCCGGCUCUUCCGUUGCGUCCCCUAAAGGCGAUGGCCGACCUGCGACACCCGGUGCCAAAGCCGGCAGCAAAUUCAAGAGCAGUCCACUCGGAGGCGGAGAACGUACGGGUAUUGUAGUUGCGGAGAAGAUCAAACAAGACAUGAGAGAUAAAGAGGAGUGAUGCAUGGUGCCUGAUGCCUGAUGGACUAGAGAAGGACGAAGGAUUUGCGCACGGUGAUCGAAUGCUUUACUAGUCGACGCUGAAGCUGUGAUAGUUCCCCGUUUCCAUAAUCAAUUCCUUGUUGCCUUGCAUUGGUUUCAUACUAUGCAUUUCGAUACAUGUGGAUACUUUCAGAG